AUGGACCAGCCGCUCAACAGCCGACCCAUCAUCGAUGAAGCCAGUAAAGACAGUCAGGCUACAAAGGGGUAUUCCUACAUCCCUGCUUGCUAUGUGAAAUACCUGGAGGCAGCUGGGGCCAGAGUCGUACCUGUCAGAUUAAAUCUCUCAGAAGAAGAAUAUACCAAGAUAUUCAACUCAAUAAACGGGUUUGUGCUGCCGGGAGGAUCUUCCGAUCUGCUGGAGUCGCCCUACAGUCGAGCCGCCGGGAUAAUGUUCAACUUGGCUCUGAGGACCAACGAUGCCUCGGACUAUUUCCCCAUCUUGGGAACUUGUCUGGGCUUCGAGCAGCUGACUGUCUUAACAGCGAAGGAACACCUGCUCUCGCUCACUGACACCAUGGGUGUGGCUCUGCCGCUCGACCUCACACCAAGUAAUGUUCCCUGUCCUCUGCUCUCUUUGAGCGACCUCACAUCAUGA